CUAACCGAGUCUUGUUUCGGUUUAACUACGUUUGUUCUUUUCACAUGUCACAUUUCUCAUUAUAGUAGCAACCAUCUAAAACGUUACGAUGGCGUCCCUUACCACAGAGAAGUUAAAAGAAAUGGAAGCGGAAAUGAACCGCUUUGAACUGGAGAUCCUGACUCCCGGCAUGCCUCCCAAGGGUGGCCGGCCCCGUAUGAUCAUUGGUUCCAACACCUUCAACAAGGUACAGGCCCAGUUGUCAGGCUCUGGACCAGGGGAGGGGGAUCCCUCCAUACCACUAGCAAUGUUACAGGCUCCUCCACCUCCUCCACCCACAGGAAACUCAGGAUCAUCAGACUCAAGCCUCUUUCUCCCACCGCCUCCUCCACCUCCUCUCCCAAAUGUCUCACCGGCAUUUGUCCCCCCACAACUGAGAAGCCGCCCCUUAGCCCCGCCUGGCCCACCAGGAAACAGACCCCCUCUCCCACAAAGACCACCAAUGCCUCACAACUAUGGACACCCAUCAAUGAUGAUGAAGGGACCUGCCAUGAGACAUCCAAUGCAGGGACCACCAAUGGGUGCUGGUCCAUAUGGUUACCAAGGUCACGGACAUCCGAUGAUGAGACCGCCUGGAUCAGAGGCAACAAUAGAAAAACCUAAAGUAGUGUAUUCAGCACCUCCAAUGAGGAAGUUCCCCAAGCCUGAUAAGAAGAGUGAGAGUUCUGUGACAGAGAGUACCACUGUUGUAGGCGAGAGUGGGCCUGUGAUGCCGGUAAUGGAGGGCAUGGCAGAGAGGCUCCACAUGGAGUAUGAGGAGGCGGCGAUGGGCAUGCAAGGCAUGGAGCUGAUGGAGCAGGAGGCCGACAUGGUGCAGGGCUCGAAAAAGGAGAAGAAGGAGAAAAAGAAGAAGUUUAUUCGGACAGCGGCAGGGACAGUAUGGGAAGAUCCAACUCUGUCAGAAUGGGAUCAAGAUGACUUCCGAAUGUUUUGUGGUGAUCUUGGGAAUGAAGUGACAGAUGAACAUUUAGCUCGGGCCUUCUCCAAGUAUCCCACGUUUGUGAAGGCCAAAGUUGUACGAGAUCGACGAAGCAACAAGACCAAGGGAUAUGGAUUUGUUAGUUUCAAGGACCCCAAUGAUUUCGCCAGGGCAAUGAGAGAGAUGAAUGGUAAGUAUGUGGGGAACCGGCCCAUCAAGCUGAGGAAGAGUUCAUGGAAGGACAGGCAGAUCGAUGUCGUGAGGAAGAAGGACAAAGAGAAGAAGAGAUUAGGACUGAGAUGAGACGUGCUGAACUUACACAUCAUUCAGGGUGGACAUUUGUGUUAUUCAGGGGAGGGGCAGGAUUUUAAUGGACAUCAUGCAUGGGAAGGGACAGUCAUGGCAAUCAGAGGAUUCCAUGUGUAUAUUGAGAGGAAGGGUUAACAGCUGUGCCAGGACAGUAAUGCCAUUCAGUGGAGCUUAGCCAUACUUCAGGGAAAUGACAUGGGGUCUUUUUUGAAGGAGGAAUUGGACAUCAUUGACAGUGUCAUGAAUAUCAUUCUUGAGAGGUUAGUUUGUGCAUUGCAGUGCCAUAUGGCUACAUGUCGACGCUGGUGAGACACAUUGUGUGUAGGUGAGAUUGUCAUUUCAGAGGAAUAGGGUUUUAUACUAGGUCUUGAAAUCAAGAAAUAAGCAGAUGUUUUGUUUUAACAUUAAAUAAGUUCAAAAUAAUAUAUAGACAUGAAGGCCAGAUGUGAUUAUUUCAGAGAGCAAACCACUUUGUUUCAAAUCAUGAACACUGCUGAUCCAUGGUGCUUAGGCAGGAUUUUCAUUCCUGAUGCUUAAAAAGCAGGGAAUGCAUUUUACUGGAGCCUAACAAUUUAAAUAUACGAUGUUUCUUUCAGGUGUGAUAUGUGUCAAAAUACCAUGCAAGCAAACUCAGUUUCUCAUAUCAGUCAUGGAAGCUGAUGGACUUGCUGUAUCCCAUAUUUGACUUAGAUGUAGGUGUUAUGAACAAGGACAUGUUGUUAAUUAUAGGCAACUUAUUUAUUAUUGAGGUGGUGUUUGGUGUAUCUUGUAACAUCCUUGUCAAGCAGGUAAUGGUUAGUUUGGUAAACAAUGAUGCAGAGAUGCCAACCCUUACGCUUUAGGCGUAAUUAUUACGAUUUUGACCAUUAAAUUAUGCCAUUACACUUAAUCUGCGAAAAUUACGCUUUUCUACUCGUUUUUUGAAAAUCAGUUAAGUGGAUUAAUUUUCACAGGGAAGUGUUUCGUAACGCACAGGUGCAGGGGUGCAGAAAUGGCCUCGCACCGAUAGGAAUCGCUUACUCUUAGCAUCGCACUCAUUCCAAUUAACUUGCA